CCGAAUCUCCCCCUUCCUCUGCUCUGUCUUUCUCAACAAAAAGAAAGAAUGAAAACAUAAUCUCUUUUCUUUUUGUUGUUUCGUUCAUAUUUUUGCAGUGACAAUGGUUGAGCCCGCAACAGCAACCCAAGCAGCAGCACCGGCCGUGCCUCAGCUGAAGGAUGAGCUUGACAUUGUGAUACCAACUAUAAGAAACUUGGACUUUCUUGAGAUGUGGAGGCCAUUCUUUCAGCCUUACCAUCUCAUCAUUGUUCAAGAUGGUGAUCCUUCCAAAACCAUCAAGGUUCCUGAUGGUUUUGACUAUGAACUUUACAACAGGAAUGAUAUUAACAGGAUUCUGGGUCCUAAGGCCUCUUGCAUUUCCUUCAAGGACUCUGCUUGCCGUUGCUUUGGCUACAUGGUGUCUAAGAAGAAGUAUAUUUUUACCAUUGAUGACGACUGUUUUGUUGCUAAGGACCCAUCUGGCAAAGCUAUCAAUGCACUGGAGCAACACAUCAAGAAUCUGCUGUCCCCAUCGACUCCCUUCUUCUUCAACACCUUAUAUGAUCCGUACAGAGAUGGUGCUGAUUUUGUCCGUGGGUACCCCUUCAGUCUCCGCGAGGGUGUUCCAACUGCUGUUUCUCAUGGCCUUUGGCUAAACAUCCCCGACUAUGAUGCACCGACUCAACUUGUGAAGCCUCUCGAGAGGAAUACCAGGUAUGUGGACGCGAUUCUAACGAUUCCAAAGGGCACCUUGUUCCCCAUGUGCGGUAUGAAUUUGGCUUUUGACCGUGAGUUGAUCGGCCCUGCCAUGUACUUUGGACUCAUGGGUGAUGGUCAGCCGAUCGGACGCUACGACGACAUGUGGGCUGGCUGGUGCACUAAGGUGAUUUGCGACCAUUUGGGACUCGGAGUCAAGACCGGAUUACCUUACAUCUACCACAGCAAAGCAAGCAACCCAUUUGUGAACCUAAGGAAGGAGUACAAGGGCAUAUUCUGGCAGGAAGAGAUCAUCCCGUUCUUCCAACAAGCUGCCCUUCCAAAGGACUGCACCAGGGUUCAAAAGUGCUACAUUGAACUAGCUAAGCAGGUGAAGGCUAAGCUUAGCAAAGUUGACCCUUACUUCGACAAGCUGGCUGAGGCGAUGGUCACAUGGAUUGAAGCCUGGGAUGAGCUCAACCCAACCGGAGCUGCGCUGCCAAAUGGCAAAGCAAAGUAGAAAAGAAAACUUCAUUAGUGGACUGAUUGUUGUCUGAUUUUGUCUUGUAUGUUUACUUUUUUCCAGAUUUUUGCAGGACGUAAUGUAUUUUUAUUGACUUUUAUGUUUCAGGACGUUAUUGCAUUACUUGUGUUAUAUUU